CGUAGAGAGAAGAAGAAAGAUACUCCGUAAAAGGAGAAUGCUUUAUAUCAAAAGCUUGUCCAGAUUUAUGAGCAUAAAUCAGUGACCUAACACUUAAUCUAUCCUACAUUUUAAAAGAGUGUGUGGUCAGAUAAUCAGUGUGUCGUGUUUACUGAGUGAAACACUAUUGCCUAAACCGCACUUCUACACUAAACCGCAGUUAGUCAGAAAGGCUUUGCUCUUCCUUAAACGUUACAAAUCUGUUAUACAUUAAAGCUUGAGUGACAUUGAAAUAUCUUUUUUAUCUUUUUUGCCUUGUCAUUUGUUCUUUGCACUUUGGACUGCUGUAAAUUGAGGUUAAUCCGGGUUUCAUAGCAGAAGCAUAUGACUUUUCUCCUGAGGUCCCGAGCUGAGUCUUGAGAGGAGGAAGAAAAUUCAGCAGAACCGCCGCGGUGUUAACAAGGAAAAGUUAAAGAGUACAAAAUGCAUAUAAUAGUUAGGAAAUUCCAGCCCUCAGACUCUGAAGCUGUGAAAACAAUAUUUAAGGAUGGAAUCGAGGAGCACAUUAUUCCUGCGUUCAUCUAUGCCAUUUCCCAGCCGCUCAACAUUACACUGACUCUGUGCUUCUGUACUGUGGGCUAUAUACUGGGUGGAGGAUCAGUUGGUCUGGCACUGCUGACUGGAGCAUCCUGGAUUGGCCUUUUGUUAUACUGCUGCUACGAGUUCUACGCUGGAUAUGUUCGACUGAAGCUAAGCACAGACAUGCAGGACAUUACAGGCUAUUACCUUAGAAACCCUGACAACUGCUUCUGGGUUGCGGAAGGUGAGGUGAACGGGCGACCCCUGGUGGUGGGUAUGGUGGCUGUUGAGGGAAAAAAGCUUCCAAAUAGUGAUGGGAAAAAGUACGGAGAACUUUUCCGGAUGAAUGUAUCAUCUGAGUUUCGUCACAGUGGAAUCGGGUCACGCCUGGGGAAAGCAGUUGAGGACUUUUGUAAAGAACGAGGAUUCUCAAAGGUUAUGCUUCACACUAGCUCUGCUCAGAGGGCAGCUGUCUUCCUUUACUUGAAGAUGGGCUUUAGACAUGUGCAAACGGACACACAAAGCAGAUAUGCAUGGUGGAUCAUCAAUCUGAUCAGAAUUAAGAUUUUGGAAAUGGAGAAAGUCCUUUAAACUUUAAUCCAUUCAUCCAUUCAAUAUAUACCAUAUAUGGCCAAAGGUUUUUUGGACAGUGGAGUAUCACACACACACGUGCUUUUUGAACACCCCAUUCCAGAUUUUGCUGAAGGUUUAAAUAUGUCAAGUACCUUUAAGUAUCACUUUUAAAUAUGCAGUUGGUGAGUUUAGAAAUAGCCCAAUAAAAAAAUUCCAGAAUUUUGCUGGGGCAACCAUCUUAUUCAUAAAACAACUAAAAACAAGGAACACAACAAGAAGUUUGAAUGUAUUGAGCUAAUGGUCACAAAUGGCCUGUCUUGGCAUUUUGUUUGUCCAAAUUCAAUCACUAUAAACUAAAACUAGAAUGUGAACUAAAUGCUAACUGGGAACCAUUGCAAUAUCUAUGGUCUACCUGUCCAUGUGUCUCACAAAUUGCAUGGCUUCACCUAUCCCAUCUCAACAGGUGCCCUCUUUCGAAUCUGAUCAGCAUCUAAACUGUCUUUACAUUUAUAAUGCCUAUUCUGUCACUUGUCCUUCAAUGUGGUGGAGCAUAGUCCUCUUAUGUGUUGGAAACCUUCGAUACUGACAAUACUACAGGACAACAAUGCUGAAUGCUUCAGAAGUAAUUUAGAUGUGCCAAAGCAAAGGCCAAAUCUUUUCCAGUCAAUUGUUUUUACUUAUAAAUUAAAAUUGUGAAUAAUUUAACUUUGAGUAUGCUGUAUUAAAAAGUGUCUGGAAAAAAAAAAAAAAGUUAAAAAGUUCAAAGGGUACGCAAGCUUUAUACAGAUACUUUAGGAUGUAGUUCAGUUUUGGCUGCCUACCAAAAAGAGAUUAAAUGUUAUCUUAGAAAAGCACUGUACACUGUCACAUUAUGAAACCUCAGCAUGAAUCAGCAGAAAUCUGAUUUAAAAUAUGUAGUGGAGAUUUUAUGUAAUGCUCUUGAGACAGGUUUAGCAGCGCUAUUAAGAGAAAUUAACUUAAUAACUAAUGACUAAGGAUGUAAUCAUCUCAAUAAAGUAAUGUGACAUUAAAA